AUGAACAUGUCUCGUCUGCUUGUUACGCUGUUCGUCACCGGGUGCAUGGCGCACCAGUCCCUAAUUCGCUCUGCAUCCGACCCAUCUGCAGCAUGCCAUGCGCUGAACGAUGCCUACCCCGCCCAAGUGCUGUUUCCCAGCGCACCAAACUACACCGUGGAAGCCGAUGCGAUCUGGAACCAGGCCGGUUGGUUCGAUCCGACAUGCAUCUUCGUCCCCGAAACGGCGGCGAUCCUGGCAGAUGGCGUGCGCACCCUCUCGCAAUCCAAGACUCCGUUCGCGGUGCGAUCUGGCGGUCACAUGCCGGUCGCCGGCCACCAGUCCAUCCAGCAGGGCGUCAUGAUUGCCAUGACACACUUUAUCGAGAAGACAACAGUUUCAGAACCCAACGAGUUUGGAACCAGCUACCUUCGCGCCGGAGCCGCCUUCCGCUGGAUCGAUAUUUACGCCUUUCUUGAAGAACGUGGUCUCCUGGCUGCAGGCGGGCGAGUUUCCAGCGUCGGUAGCUCGCUCCUGCUGGGUGGCGGGCUCAGUUACUUCAGCGGGACGCGCGGCUGGGCUGCAAACCAGGUUGUAAAUUUCGAAGUCGUCACGGCCGAUGGGCAGAUUUUGCAGGCGAAUGCCAACGAGCACGCCGACCUUUUCUGGGCGCUCAAGGGCGGCUCCAACAACUUCGGCAUCGUCACCCGUUACGACCUGAAGACGUUCCCCACCUCGCAGAUGUACGGGGGCACAGUGACGUGGGCGUCAGAAGACACGCAGAAAUACCUCGACGCCCAGACGGCCUUCAUCCUGCCUGGUGGCGGCGCCGACGACCCCAAUGCGGCCAUCAUGCCCAACUUUGGCUUCGACCCACUCACCAACUUGACCAACGCCGGCACGGUGCUCGUCUACGCGGGACCCGAUCCAAAUCCAAAGGCGCUCGAGAACUUCACGGCGAUUCCCACGACCUUCAGCACAGUUGCAGUGCAGAACUUCACGUCGAUCGUGGAAUCGACCAGCGGCUACUCCCCACGGGACAGAAGGUGGUCUUUCUACAAUACAGCAGUUCUCGCGAGUGCCGACACCAUGGACCUCUUGUACCGGCACGUCGUGAAAAACGCCCAGCAGAUCCUGCCGGGUGUGAAUUGCUCAGUCGGUGCCGCCGUGCAGCCAAUCACGACGCUCAUACAACAGGCUGCGCGCGACAACGGUGGGGAUGCUUUGAACCUGGAUCCAAACGGAGGCUCUUUUGUUGUCGCUCUCAUCUACGGCAAUUGGUUUGAUCCGGCUUACGACGUGAAGAUCAAGGAAUGGACAGACGCAACACUUUCGUCCAUCGAGGCUGAGACCAAAGCAAAAGGCCUCUACCACCCAUUCAAAUUUCUCAAUGACGCUGGCAUCACGCAGAAUCCUAUCUCAACCUACGGGAACGGAUCUUCGUUGCCCAGGAUGAAGGCGGUUAGUGACAAGUAUGAUCCGGAUGGAGUCUUCCAGACGCUGGUGCCGGGAUUCAAAUUGGGGCGUGAGCUUCACUUUUGGAACUGA